AUGAGUGUAUUGGAUGGAUAUGCUGAUGCACGAAAUUCAGAGAAAAAAUCUUGGGAAAAAGGAAGAAAUCGAAACAGUGAACAUUUUGGGGAAAUAUUACCCGAGAUUUCUGUUGGUAUACCCAAAUCAACUAUUAGUAGAAUAUUAUCAAUUUUUUGCAGUUAUUAUUCGGAUGGAUUUGGUGUAACAAACAAACGAAAUAAUCACUUAUCAAACACUUCGGUUAAUGCUUCAGAACAUAGUCGAAUGGCAUCGAGUAACACGGAGCGCUCCUCGUCCGUACAAAUUCAAACACCAUCACCGAGUCGUUUAAAGCGAACACCCGAAUUAGCAUAUAAACGCAUAGCAACAAAUCGGGUAUCGCAUAACAUUCAUUUAGCAAGCGAUAGUGAUGAUGGAAAUCAGGCAACAUCUAUAAUAAAAGACGAUGAUCUUGGGAGAAAUAAUCGCAAACCUCUUCCCUCGGAGAAUCAUGCAAAUCAAAAUCAACUGAAUGCAUAUCCGAUAUUCAAUAAAACCACCAUUAUUAAUGCAUCAGCGAAUAAUACAACGAUGAAAGCGGAAACAUUUGCAGAAAAAAAAUCAUCUGAUUUACGAUUAGCGAAAGAAGCGGCGACAAACAAUCAUUUUGGUAGCGUUGAAAUUGAAAUUGAUGAUGAGGGACAUUCGAUAAUUAGCGAAAAAAUUACAAAUGAACAUUAUCAUACAAGCAAAACAAAUAGUUCAAAUGAGAGCCCCAUUAUCGAACGUCAAAUUCCUAUAAAAAUUACACAUGAAGCAAAGGAAAUUCUUGAAAAUAACGCUCGGAUUUUCUCACAGAAACCAGUUGAUCAUCACUAUUAUCAAAAAAAAUCAAAUAUCUCGGGUGAUAAUACACAAACAGUCGAUUCAUCUAACAAUGAUCAGCCGUCCACCACAACUCAAGAAUGUGAUCCAUUAAAAAGGAACACGGAUUACGGGUCAACAAUAAGUUCAUUAACACAAAGUUCAAAUAUUAAAACUGAAAUAAGCGACAUCGAUUUUAGUUGGGUGAAUGAUGUUGAAAAUCGCUUAGAAAAAGAGAUCGCUUUCAUGAAAGAAGAUUAUACGCGAAAUCAAAUGCCAGUUCGCUAUUUUGGUAUCGAUGAUUACACCGAUGAAAAAUUCGAUUCAUUAUCACCUUCUAGUAAACCGACAACAAAUACAUCAUUUUCGAGAAAUAUUGAAGUUUUCGGAAACGAAAAUGAUUCUCGAAAAGAGCUUUCAGAAAUUCAUUCGCAUGUUAAGUCGAAGGCAGCGAUGUUUGAUAAUGAAGCGCUAAAAGCUGAACGAAACCGAUUUGUGACUUCACAACAGGGAUUAUCUCGUUUACGUGCUCGCUCAACACCUCGAAAUGAUUCAACAAUAUUCAUACCACAGCCGGAUUAUCUAAGAUUCGAUCCGAUUUCUAUAAAUACCACUCAUCAGGAUGAUUCACUUCGAUAUUUUGGAAGAAGUCAACCAGAUAUUCACCGAUUAGAUUCUGAAGAACAAAAUUAUAAGCAAGCCAAUUCGAAUCGAUAUAAAGUAUCAGAUUCAACAAGUAAUCAUCUACCUGUUCACUAUCGUCAAAAUAAUCAGUUAUCGCGAAUCUCAGAUGUUAAAAACGAAGUGUUACAAGGAAGUCGUACUUAUCAGACUACCGAAUAUUAUCGACAAAAUGCGGUCCGCAGAAAUAGCGAAAAACCCUGGAGGGCAUCAGUUGCCUAUUGA